UCUGACCUGUGUCCUGUGCCGGCCGAGGGGAGUUUCCAAACUUUGCAGCCAGCGAGCUAGGGUUCCCUUUCCAGAUCCCUCGUUUCCUCCCUCAGCCAUCCCGGAGCUCCAGUCUGCUGCCUUCCUGCCUGUCUGCCUGCCCUGUAGGCUCGCCUUGCCUUCCAAGGGAGGGAAGAAAGGAGAAAGGAAGGGAAGGAAGGAGCUCGCGCAGCCCAGGGAUGGGGGUAAUCCCUGCUGCAGCUCCAGGUCCCAGGAGGGCGAGCUUCCCCACUCCUCCACACAUGGGGCUCUGAGCACCCUCCAUAGCAAGGGCCCAGCCCGGCAACGCAGGAUGGCCAAGGAGAAACCGCUGUGGAGAUGUUGUGCCUUCCGCCUGUGCCUGCUCUCUGCCGCGCUCCUCUUCUGCCUGCAGCUCACCCUGGAGCUCAGGCGCUCCUGGUCCUCAAGGGACAGCGAAGUGCAGGCCGGACUGCUCUCGAGUAGCUCCCCGUCGGGCUGGCUAGAUGCCCCUGCGCUGCAGCAGCCGCUGCCAGGGGUGCACCCGCCUCCCGGGGUGCACCUGCCACCGGGCCACUCCCGGCCCCCAGCUGCCAGCAGGAGGCAGGUGACCUACUUAAGGAGUAGCCGUCGAGGGGAGGCGGAGCUGGGCUGCUGCCCCCCAGGAGGGAGCAGUCACAAAAAGUUCCGUUGGCAUAUUGAUCUCCAGCCUUGGGCAAGUCCAUCUCAGUCCCUGAAUGAAGAAGCCAUGAGGUUCCUGAAAUACAUCAACACCACUCAGAUUUCAUGCAACCACUUGGUCCCGAGUGGCCUGAUGAGUGAUUCUGGAAGCAUAAAGAAGCCUUGGCCCAUCUGUCUUGAUGAGAAAUUCAGCUUGGUUCAUCAAAUCCAAAACAAGCAAUGUCGUCUUUACUCUUUGGGACUGGGAAAUGAAGAUACUCAUUUUGAAUUAAGCAUGGCCAGUGAUGGAUGUGAAGUGCACCGUUUUGAUCCUAGUAUUAAAUCAGCUCACGUGCAGGAGAGUCAACACCUUUGGUUGCAUCGCCUAUCCAUUGAUUGGAGGGAUCCCCAUCCAGCCAUUGCUGUCCACAAGCUGCAUAGCAACACGAAAAAACUGGGAACCAUCUUGAAUGAGUUUGGACACAACAAGAUUGAUGUCCUCAAGGCUGACCUGGAAAGCGCUGAAUGGAAAAUUCUGGAAAAUCUGAUUCUGGAAGUGAAGGGAGCUCCUGGUGAAAAACUUCCUUUUCUGAUGCAGAUCAACACCUACUUUGUUACUUACAGCCAGCCUCCUUUGAAGAAGUGAAGUGAUUUGCCUAGGGUCACACAGCCAUGUGGAUUAGAAACAGGACUUUAACCCUGGCCUUUCCUGACUCUAAACACAGACCUCUAACCAUGCUGUUCCAAGGCAGUGGACACCUAGAAAAAAAAUAAAACUAAUCUUGCCAUCGAGGAACUUACAUGUACAGAGAUAAAUAAAUACAAGGUUAUUUGAAGAGCAAGAAAGCAUAAACAACUUGGGUCAGGGGAAAUCAGCAAAGGUUUCAUGGAACAGUUAAUCCUGGAAGGAAAAUAAAGAUUUUUAAGAGGUAGAGAUGAAAGAUUGGUUUCUAGGCCUGGGGGAUGAUUUGCGCAAAUACUUAAAGAUGGGAGAUAGAAUGCCAUUUUUAGGGAAGUAGGCCAGUUUGGCUGAAAUAUAGAAUGCAUAAAAAUGAGUAAUGUAAGAUAAGUCCAGAAAGGUAGAUUGGAGCCAGAUUGUGAAGGACUUUAAAAGCCAGUUUGAGAAGAUAAAUCUUGCUUUUAAAAUCUUUUAAAUUUUUAUUGGCAAUGUAUGGAGGUGGCCAUUGUAUUACUGGCCCAUGAGUAUAGAGUAACUUGUCUGAAGCACUUCUCAUUCACUUUCGGUCUUGCUGCAGGGGUCAGUGACUAAUAGUGACAUGGAAAUAUAAAACAGUGGAAUGAAUUCUUCUCACUCAAAUAACAGAUUAAGCUUAAGUGGCAGUUAAGGUGCUACACACACAUCUGAAAGCUUCCAUCUAGCUGACUGUGAAUUGGGGGUUUAAAUCACAAGAUUGAGAUAGCCCUUGAGGCUAUGUUGAAACCCUUCCAUCAUGGAUUUGAGUUGAAAGGGACCUCAGAGGCCACCUAAUACUGCCUUCUGAUUUUACAAAUGAAGAAAAAAAAGGCCCUGGAAGGUUAAAUGGCACACCAAAAGCCACAUAGUAUGGGCAUUACCACAGAAUACAGUAGAUGGAAGUAGAGGAGACCUCAACCAUGAAGAUGGCAGUGUUGGAGAGAAUAUGCUAAUAGACAGGACAGCCUUGGGCCUCAUAGGAUCACCUGACAUCAAUAAAGCAGCAAGUGAUUGAUAGAGGUAGGUUUUAGCUGGUAUGUAACUCUGAAAGUAUGUUAUUGGGCUUUGUAUGUUUCCUAUCCCAAGCAUCUGUCCUCUCCACAGGAGUUCCCUUUUCCAUCAAUGGUAUGGGAAUGCAUGGGACUGUACCCUGGUGUGUAUGGAAGGAAAAUUUUCCUGUCGUUUAUUUUGCUAUAUGUUAAGUGAAAUGUUCCUUGCUUUUAACUAUUGUCUUCUGGUUGGUCAGAUAAAAGAGGCAUCCAUUGGGGUUUUUGACAUGGUUUCAAGUAGAAACUUACUCCAAAUAUCUUGAACCUGGGGUAGAUUGUUAGGGGAAGGGGUUUGUGUGUGAAGGGAGCUAUAGUAAGUAUGUUGACUUCUUCCAGUUGCCAUGGAUAAGGUGUUCAAGAAUUAUUUGACUUUUUUUCACAUAAAGAAAAUUGAGAAGGAAACAGAAUUUUGUCUCAAUUUUGUGUUAUCAUUUUUGCUAAUGACUCUAUGUCAUUUAAUAUCCUCAACCAGGAAAAAAUAUUACAUAAGCAAAAGUUUAUGAUCUAAUCACAGUUCCUAGUAAGUGAAAACCAUGAACUUUAUGCAAGUGCUAUAAUUUGAAUUUCUCAUAUAUUGUUUUACAUCAUAAAUCCAGGAUCAUCAAAUAUUUUCACAUGGUAAUAUCUCUAAUCAAGGUAGAAUUCUUUAAUUAAAAUUUAUUAUUCUGGAAUAAAAGUACACUCAGAAGCACAAUCAAUGCUAAUGCUCUUCCAUGCUGUGAUUGUUAGCUGGCUUUUGUACUGAACUCUACACAAUGCUUAUGGUAUUGGUUUCUGUCCAAAUAAGUGAAACUGGCUCAUCAUGAGAAUUUUUGGUCGACCAGAAAGCUGCUUGUAGUCCUUUGUGACUGAUUAAAGCAGAUCCAAGAUAAAUUUUUUAUUCUUGUUAUAAUCUCCUUCCGCAUCUCUUCUGACUUCCCAUGGAGAUUGUCUUUUGACAGAUGUGAUCCACACAAGAAGAUUUUACUCAAUUCUCCCCUCCCCCCAUACAUAUAUUCUUCAUUGUGGACCAAUAUGCUGAUGCAUUUUAGCAGCACUGUGGAGCUAAAUGGUUCUUCUAGACCCCUG